AUGUCCUCAGCGAUGAAGUUCUACUACUAUACCAAGAAUCCGGUGCGCAGGACACUGUCGUCCACCAUGUCCAACUCGGACAGUCUAGAAGAGUUCAAACGACGCUUCAGACGCAGUGGGUCUCUCGGAAUACCAUUCGUUAUGGAAGAAGAUAUUCGUACACUCUUCCCGAAUAAGAAUGAAGAGAUGAUCAUCGAGGAUGUGGACGGACAGCCAAUUCUUACAGUCAUUGUAAAAUGUCCCCGCGCAGCCGAUGGUGUGUCCCAAAUGAUCUCCAAACUUCCGGCCAACACUCGCAUCAAGCAUAUGGAAACCCGUGACAGCAAGGAUGGCCCUAGUGGUGAUAUGGAUGUGCUAGUGGAGCUGGAGCUAGAACCAGGAAAGAGCGCAAAAGAGGUGAUGGGUGCAAUGAAGGAAAAAGGAUUGCAGUUCUAUGAGGUAUCAUUCACAAUGAAGCCACCAGUGUUGGAGAAGUACAUCGAGCCUGGAUCAAACGAUGCUAUCACUGGCUGUCAGUGGUUUCCAAAAACAAUCUACGAUCUUGAUAUUUGUGCCAAGAAAGUAAUCAUGUACGGUGCUGGGCUUGAUGCCGAUCAUCCGGGUUUUAAAGAUCCAGAAUAUCGCAAACGACGUAUGAUGUUUGCAGAUAUCGCCCUGAACUAUAAACAUGGUGAACCAAUUCCUCGCAUUGACUAUACCGAAAACGAAAAGAAAACUUGGGGAAUAAUCUAUCGCAAAUUGCGAGAAUUGCAUAAAAAGCAUGCUUGUCAAGAAUUCCUCGACAACUUUGAACUUCUGGAAAAACACUGUGGCUAUUCGGAAAACAAUUUUCCUCAGCUGGAUGAUAUUUCGCGUUUUCUCAAAGCUAAGACCGGCUUUACUCUACGUCCAUGUGCUGGCUAUUUGGCAGCUCGCGAUUUCCUCGCCGGACUUGCUUUUCGUGUGUUUUUCUGCACACAGUAUAUUCGCCAUCACUCCGAUCCGAUGUACACUCCGGAACCCGACACCGUUCAUGAGCUUAUGGGCCACAUGGCAUUAUUUGCGGAUCCAGAUUUUGCGCAAUUUUCUCAGGAGAUCGGUUUGGCUUCACUUGGAGCAAACGAUGAUGAUUUGAAGAAACUUGCCACACUCUACUUUUUCUCCAUCGAGUUUGGACUCUGCUACGUUGGGCAUGGUGACGGGAACAAUAAGGAAAACAACAAAACCUUCGAUUAUAAAAUUUACGGAGCCGGUCUUCUGAGCAGCGCUGGCGAGCUACAGCAUGCUGUACAAGACUCGCCUACCAUCCUACGUUUUGAUCCAGACCGUGUAGUUCAACAGGAAUGUCUCAUUACCACAUUCCAGGAUGCUUAUUUCUACACGAAGAGUUUCGAGGAGGCUUUGCAGAAGCUAAGAAUGUACACGAGCAACAUGAAUCGUCCGUUUGUUGUUCGCUAUAAUCCAUAUACGGAAAGUGUAGAGAUUCUGAACAACAAACGUGCACUGAUGAUGACGGUGAACUCGCUUCGCUCCGACAUCAAUUUGCUGGCUGGAUCACUUCACUAUGUUCUGUAA